GCCAAGUGGUGAAGCAUAUUGAACCGAUUUUUGUUUAAAUCUGUAAACACGUCAUACAUAACGCAGAUAAGUGGCCACUUCAAAAAAAAGCCAGUUGCACUCAUCAUUCCACACAGCAAUCGAAAUUUUCGUUUAUUUAUUCCAGAACACUGCUGUAGGUAAACAGCUCCAGAAUGCUACCUAUACCUAAAGCAAUUCCCGGUCAUUAAUAUGCAAAGAAAUAUUUUUUAUUUUGGUAAAACACUUUAUUUCUUUACCUUGCCACACUACUGCACUUAUUAAUUUUUUAUGACACUAAAAUAAUCAUACCGUUACUAUUAAACAUCGUAGAAUUACUUUUCUCGUCAAAAACAAUACUCUUACCCUUGAUCAUUCCAAUCGGCAGGGGUAAUAUACAUAUCUAUAUAUCUUUUCCAUUUCGUAUAAGGUAAGCGGCGGGAUUUCCCUUUUUGAAAUCUCGAAUAGCGAUCAUAGUAGCCCAUAAAGGUCGUGCAUUAGGUCCCGCAGUGAUGUCAAGCGUUUCCCGACGUGAAAGGGAAACCUUCUGAAAAUGUCAUACAUCCCUUAAAAAAAAGGGUAGAAUACGAGAAAAAAAACGAUCCACCCGUUUGUCGGAACCACAAUCGUUUCUGGAUCUGAGUUUUUGCGGUGCACUUCCUCAAUAACCCUGCGGGAAAUCGAGAGUCAAAGAAAAAAAGGAAAAAAAAAAAGAUGAAACGACGAGAAAAUUCAAACAGGCGAAAAUAAUGUCAACCAAUUGAGAAUAGCCGCAAAGAGAAGAAUACGAAGAAUGAAAGAUCCAACAGAAUAAGAAAUCACAUGCAAUUUUGAAUUCCUGAUGUCUUCUCAAUUUUUGGUUAAAAGUAAAAAAAGGGAAGUUUCAUCAAGACACCAUUACUGUCAGACAACAGGGAAUGAACCGUAAAACUAAAUGGUUAAGUUCCACUUACACCCACUUUUUAAGACCAUAUUAAAUUAUUGGAAAGUGCACUUAUAAGGUCACAUGAUUAAUAUGGCAUGAUAGUCACAUCAUUCUUCAAUAUCCAACAAGCUUAUCACUGAAGUACGUGUCGAUGCCAAAAGUUAUCUCAGUUACGCCCUUUCAAAAUUUUACUGGCAGGCGCCGUAAGUGCACAGUGAUUUUUCUAAUUCCUCCAGACGCCAUUGACGAGGUCGUUCCAAGAUCCUUGUCGCAUGGAAAAGUGGGUAAUUAAGGUAAUGCAAGGGAACAACACGACCAGGGUGGAAUGCCCCACUACUUCCGCAUCUUUAGAAAACAAGGUGUUAAUGCAAAGGUACCCAGACUUUCAGUCCCAUUUGCCUUUCCUUUUUGUGAAGUCUGAAGCCAAUGGGAAAGCAGUAGGCGUGUCGAUGGUCCCUCCAAUGGGGACUAUAUACCGCACAAGGGUGGAGGACAGGCCCACGCGACUUCCCCUAGUAAAGACAAGUAACUAGUAGCCGUUGAGUUAGUCUGGCCCUGACUGCAGUGCCGAGUAUCAGAGUAUCGUGAUACUCUUGUUUUACCCACAUUCAUUAAUAACAAAUAGUUUCUAGAGUUAACGAGGACUUAAUAAUAACACAAGGAUUUUUUGGAAGAAUCACGUGCGUGCUUGAAGAAAAUUAAAAAUCAUGAAUUUGGUUUCACCCAUGGAUCUGCAGCUGCAUCUGCACCAGCAGAUGCUCUACAGACAGCAGCAAAUCACGCUACAUCAUCAUCGACCAGAAGAGAUGCCAGGAUCAGGUUGGCUGGUGUCACCGUGUCCAGGAGGCGGUCCGCCUCUGCCACGAGAAGUCACAGUCGAAUUGCAGAAUCGUCGAUUGUGGCAGCAAUUUCAUGCUGAAACCACGGAGAUGAUCAUCACCAAGCUUGGCCGCCGCAUGUUUCCCUCAGUUCAAUUGGUUAUCCGUGGCUUAGAGCGUCGCGCGCGUUACUGCCUAUUACUGGAGGUGGCACCGGCGUCUCGACGUCGCCAUAAAUACGUCGGUGGAGGCGGAGAAAAUGGUGGCAACCCCUGCGCAAGGGGAUGGACCUCAGCAGGCCCAGCAGAACCCCAGCCACGCAUUAAUCGCAGGGUAUACCUACAUCCCGACAGUCCAGCUACCGGUGCCCACUGGAUGCAGCAUCCAGUGAGCUUCAGCAAGCUGAAGCUCACGAACAACGCCGUAGAUCAUCACAAUAACGUGGUACUAACCUCCAUGCACAAGUACAUUCCGAAGAUUUGGGUCAUCCGGUGUGACGAUGCUACCAGUUUGAAUAAUCUUUACUCCCAACCUGCUUCGUCCUUUACUUUCGAUGAAACAGAAUUUAUAGCUGUAACUGCUUACCAGAACGAAAAUAUAACCAAGUUGAAGAUUGACAAUAAUCCCUUCGCUAAAGGUUUUCGGGAGACUGGACAGUCUCGUUGUAAAAGAAAAUUACAUCACGUGACCUCUAGCGAUUCCGGCCUUGAUUCGAGCCAGGAACACUGUGCGGCGGAUGACGAGGAGGAAAAUAAUUCUUCUUCGGAAUCAGAGUCGAAUAGGAUUCAACGGCCUUCAGAAUGCGAGGGUCAAAGGUUAAAGAGAGCCUUCAGCGAGACUGGAAGCUUUGACGACAGCGGCGUCAGUAGUUCAGGCGGUGCGAGUCCACCUCUUCCGUCGGCAAGCAUCAAUCCUUGUCCCAGGAUUGAAAAUCAUAAUCCUACGCCACGUCUUCACAGACCCUGGUCAGAUUCACCACCACCGGUACAACAGACGCCAGAACCUAAACCCUUACACGCACCGUUACCUACGCACUUUCAACUCUUACAUCCUUUUGUAUUUCCGUCUCAUCACUUGACAGCUUUAGAAUUUGCCAGGAUUCAUCAGAUGCAUCGUUAUCAGGCUGCUGGAUAUUUAUCGAAAUUCUAUCCUUAAAUACUUUUUUUUAUGUCUAGCACUUAAGCAUUAUUUCCUAUAAGUAAGGCUAGUGAAAUUUGAUUUCAUUGCAACCCACCCACUCUUACCACUCUCGUUUUAUUUUAAGUAUUGUAUAUUUACCGCGCAUAGUUCCUUUUAUUUUUGAAGUGUUCAAUAGUUUUUAAUAUUCUUUUAUUUUGUAAUAUUUGUAUAGGAUUAAACUAUUAUUUUAUCAUACUUCUAAAUAUUGUUAAUUCUCGUCGACUCUCUGUCUGUCAAAACUUCCAUGUUAGGCAUUGGUGUCUAUCAGGUUGCAUAUUAUGUAGGCGUAUAAAGUUUGCCAUUAUUGGAUAUAUUCUUCAGUUAGGGUCAAGUAUCGGGAUUACAUAUAAUUUUUAUGAUACUCGUUACAAGUAAAUUACUAUACUUAAAGCUCAAAAUUUUUAUAUGAAUUGACUAUAGAAUUUUUAUAAGAAAUCGGCUGUAACAAUACAGAAUAUCUGUACAAUAAUUAUCUGUAACAAUACAGAUUUUAUACGUUGCCUUUAAAUGUACUCCACUUUAUAUUAAUGACAUUAACAAAUAAUACGUCUCCCAACUCAGCAAUUAUAAUUGAUAAUUACGUGCUCGCACGUAUAUUGUAAAAAUUAGGAUAACUGUAUAAGAUUGUUAUUUAAAUAAUAGUUUAAAAGACUGGAAGGUUUUUAUGUUUUAUAUUACAACGUUACAAUAAAUUACAUUUUACAUAAGAAAACUAUAAAAAUGUCUCAUCAAUUAAUUUCCUCAUUCUAUUCCACAAUGCUUUGAUUAUAAUCAAUUCAUAUCGCAUGUACCAAGUAUUACUUAAGUAGCACAGGAGUCAGUGUCAAUUAACAGUUGUAGCUACACAUGUUACUCUCAGUCUGUUUUCAAUUUCCCGUUUUAAAAGUGGGUAUCGAUGUUUCUUAAGAAGGCGCCACUUUGGAUAUGGGCGCCAUCACUCUGUCCAGACCAGACAAAUCCUGCUGGUUUAGCUGCCAUUUACCUACAUACAAUACGAAACUGUCACAGCAGUUUGAAGUUGUCUCCACACUGAACCCGUAACUCGAAACCUGACGGUACAAUGUCAUUUAUCAAAUGGGAAAGACAAAAGUAGAAAAACUCGUACAAAAUUUCAAUGAAUCAUCUAUACCAGGCUAUGUAUGCUAUUUUUAUGGCGUCACUUAUUAGCAUCAUAUUACAAUAAUCGCAAGUCAAAAGAGUAUAGGUCUAUAGCUAAGUUUCUCUGUGCUCAAAAAUCUCAGCUAUGUGAAAGAAAGCAGAAGUCUCUUGGAGCACUUUGAAAGAUAGGACAGUGUGCUUUCACUUUAGUGGCUCGGCAAGGAGAUGUCUACGUGGGUGGACCCCGGUGCCAAAUCCCUAAUAAGUUUUGUCGCAAGGACGACGCCUGCUCGGUCUUGCGUUUAAAACGGCGCCUUUCGGCGUCGAGUGGUGUCGCCAGUUAGGACGAUUAGUCGUGACCGUCUAUUGGCGUCUCUAUAGUUUGUCAGUUGACUUUUUCAUCUUUUUUUUGUCUCCUCUCCUCUUCACUCUUAUUAUACAAAACUAUAUCAAGUCAAUUUGUUACCUAUAAACGAUACAAAUGGAAAUAAGUUUGACACUUAUGGAAAAAAUAUUUAUUUAUAACAAAGAAAUUUCUGUCAUAGAAGUGUCAUUUAAAAAUACUGAUACCUGAAAAUAAGUACAAAAGAACUAAAAAAAAUUACGGCUGCUUUCUUGAACUCUUUUAUGGAACACUUAACGGUACCGCAAUCCGUUAUUACCGAUGCAAGAUUUUCCUGAACAGGUACAUAUGCUGAAUGUAAAUCGACCUCACCUUGUUACAAGAAGUGUUUGCAACGAAUGAAAAUUAUUUACUGUGUAUAGUCUAUAUUUUCUGAUCACGAAUUAUCAAAGUAACUGAUGAGAUCAUUAAUUCACAUCACAAUGCUUAUAGAAUAAUUCAUAUGAAAUUUAA